GUUGAGCCUUGAAUCAAGCCUUAUCUGGGCGUUUAUAGGACCGGCAUUGCUUAUCAUUUUGAUUAACUGUGUUAUAUUUGUCAUUAUGGUAUACAAAAUGAUGACUAUUAGGGGAAUAGCUGGCAAAACGCUAAGAGAAAAGGCAAGGAUUGGAUUAAAAAGUAUCUGCAUUAUUUUACCGUUGUUUGGAGUAACUUGGGUACUUGGUGCAUUUUCGGUGAACGAUGACCUAGUCGUGUUCCAAUACCUAUUUGCUAUUUUCAACUCUCUCCAGGGUCUUUUUAUUUGUGUGUUCCAAUGUUUUCUUAAUAAGCAGAUCAGGCAAGGUUACGAUCACUAUCAAAGACGGCUACAUUCAAAAUCUACAAAUUCUACUACUACUGACAACACAAAAAGGUCAUCAAGCCAUCGUCAAAGAUUUAUGUACAGAAAGGAAGAAUCACUGAAAAGAACCAUCUCAACCGCAUAAGGCGCAUUCCAAUAUUUUAUUCUUCGAUAAAAUACAAACCAAUUUUAUAUAAUUUAUCAUUUGGAAGUAGGAGAGAGAGAGGGAUAAGAUUGGUCAUCUGAAAUAAUGGUAUACUGUACAUAAGUUAAACAAAACAUUUCGACAGGUUUAAUGUUUAUACAAUGUAAAACAAUCUUUUGUUCGACUGUUUAUCGUUAUGCUUUUUAUUCUCAUAAUCAAAUAAAACAUAUUUUAUAUAUUUUCAAUAAGUCUUGAUAUAACUUUAAGAUCACAUGUUUUUAAAUUUGGAUGCAUCUAACAGCAUCACAUCGUGAAUGGAAUAAACAGUACAACACGUAAUGUGGAAUUGAGCUUGCCUCUAGUUGAAGCAAAUUUUACAUUUGAUAAUGAU